GUGUUCCCUGCCCAGAAGAAGGGAAGGCGCGAGUGAGGAAAAGAGGUACUGUAGAUGCCCUCCAAAUCCUUGGCUAUGGAAUAUUUGGCUCAUCCCAGUGCACUCGGCUUGGCUGUUGGAGUUGCUUGUGGCAUGUGCCUGGGCUGGAGCCUUCGAGUACGCUUUGGGAUGCUCCCCAAAAGCAAGACGAGCAAGACACACACAGAUACUGAAAGUGAAGCAAGCAUCUUGGGAGAGAGCGGGGAGUACAAGAUGAUUCUUGUGGUUCGAAAUGACUUAAAGAUGGGAAAAGGGAAAGUGGCUGCCCAGUGCUCUCAUGCUGCUGUUUCAGCCUACAAGCAGAUUCAAAGAAGAAAUCCUGAAAUGCUCAAACAAUGGGAAUACUGUGGCCAGCCCAAGGUGGUGGUCAAAGCUCCUGAUGAAGAAACCCUGAUUACAUUAUUGGCCCAUGCAAAAAUGCUGGGACUGACUGUAAGUUUAAUUCAAGAUGCUGGACGUACUCAGAUUGCACCAGGCUCUCAAACUGUCCUAGGGAUUGGGCCAGGACCAGCAGACCUAAUUGACAAAGUCACUGGUCACCUAAAACUUUACUAGGUGGACUUUGAUAUGACAACAACCCCUCCAUCACAAGUGUUUGAAGCCUGUCAGAUUCUAACAAAAGCUGAAUUUCUUCACCCAACUUAAAUGUUCUUGAGAUGAAAAUAAAACCUAUUCCCAUGUUCAAAAAAAAAAAAAAAAA